GCGCGUCAUCACGUACGGAGCGUGGGCACGUCGGUGCGUCGCGUCUCCACCCCCCCGCCCCGGUAACCGGGGAAGUGGCGGCGACGGCUGCGGGGCUGAGGGUAUAUUGGGGACAUCAUGAAUUGGAAUAAAGGCGGACCUGGUACGAAGAGAGGCUUCGGGUUUGGUGGAUUUGCCAUAACACCUGGGAAGAAAGAGGAGCCCAAGCUGUCUCAGCAGUCCCACAGUGCUUUUGGCACAGCCGGCUCCUCGGCUGCGUUCACAAAAUCGGGGCCUCCUCAGCUGCCUUCCUUCUACAAAAUCGGGUCAAAGAGAGCAAAUUUUGAUGAGGAGAAUGCGUACUUUGAGGAUGAAGAGGAAGAUUCCAGCAAUGUGGAAUUGCCCUACAUUCCCGCAGAGAAUUCCCCCACUCGGCAGCAGUUUCAUUCCAAAUCUGCAGACUCUGACAGUGAUGAUGAUCCUCUGGAGGCAUUCAUGGCUGAAGUGGAGGAUCAAGCUGCUCGAGACAUGAAGAGACUCGAAGAUAAAGACAAAGAAAAAAAGAACGUUAAGGGUAUUCGAGAUGACAUUGAAGAGGAAGAUGACCAAGAAGCGUAUUUUCGCUACAUGGCUGAGAACCCCACUGCUGGUGUGGUGCAAGAGGAGGAAGAGGAUAACCUGGAGUAUGAUAGUGAUGGGAAUCCGAUUGCACCGUCCAAAAAAAUCAUUGAUCCUCUUCCACCUAUUGACCAUUCAGAGAUUGAAUACCCACCAUUUGAGAAAAAUUUCUACGAUGAGCACGAGGAGAUCACCAGCUUGACCCCGCAGCAAGUGGUGGAGUUACGGCACAAGCUGAAUCUCCGGGUCUCCGGGGCUGCUCCUCCAAGGCCUGGCAGUAGUUUUGCUCAUUUUGGGUUUGAUGAGCAACUUAUGCAUCAGAUUAGGAAAUCUGAGUAUACCCAACCCACUCCAAUACAAUGUCAGGGUGUUCCAGUGGCACUAAGUGGCAGAGACAUGAUUGGGAUUGCUAAGACUGGAAGUGGGAAAACAGCCGCCUUCAUCUGGCCAAUGCUGAUCCACAUCAUGGAUCAGAAGGAGCUUGAACCAGGGGAUGGUCCCAUUGCAGUGAUCGUCUGCCCGACCAGGGAGCUCUGCCAGCAGAUCCACUCCGAGUGCAAGCGCUUUGGCAAGGCGUAUAACCUGCGCUCCGUGGCUGUGUACGGAGGAGGGAGCAUGUGGGAGCAAGCCAAGGCCCUGCAGGAGGGGGCAGAGAUCGUGGUCUGCACUCCAGGUCGUUUGAUUGAUCAUGUGAAAAAGAAAGCUACGAACCUUCAGAGAGUCACUUACCUUGUGUUUGAUGAAGCUGACAGAAUGUUUGAUAUGGGGUUUGAGUAUCAGGUCAGAUCAAUCGCAAGCCAUGUACGUCCUGACAGACAGACCCUCUUGUUCAGUGCCACGUUCCGUAAGAAGAUUGAGAAAUUGGCCCGGGAUAUUCUGAUCGACCCAAUUCGGGUUGUGCAAGGAGACAUUGGAGAGGCAAACGAAGAUGUCACUCAGAUUGUGGAGAUCUUCCCCUCUGGGCCCAGCAAGUGGAACUGGCUGACACGGCGCCUCGUGGAGUUCACGUCCUCCGGGAGCGUCCUCCUCUUUGUCACCAAGAAAGCCAACGCAGAGGAACUGGCCAAUAACCUCAAGCAGGAGGAUCAUAACCUGGGGCUGCUUCAUGGGGACAUGGACCAGAGUGAGAGAAAUAAAGUCAUUUCGGAGUUCAAGAAAAAGGGCAUCCCCAUACUGGUAGCUACUGACGUGGCAGCUCGAGGGUUGGAUAUCCCUUCCAUCAAGACUGUCAUCAACUAUGACGUGGCUCGGGACAUAGACACCCACACCCACCGGAUCGGCCGCACCGGCCGCGCGGGGGAGAAGGGCGUCGCUUACACUCUGCUCACCCCCAAGGACAGCAACUUCGCUGGUGACCUCGUCAGAAACCUGGAGGGUGCCAACCAACACGUCUCCAAAGAGCUGCUGGAUCUGGCAAUGCAGAAUCCGUGGUUCCGGAAAUCCCGUUUUAAAGGAGGGAAAGGCAAGAAGCUGAAUAUUGGUGGUGGAGGCUUGGGAUACCGCGAACGCCCCGGGCUGGGCUCAGAAAAUACCGACCGUGGAAACAACAACAGUGUGAUGAGCAACUACGAGGCCUACAAGCCAUCCACGGGGGCCAUGGGGGACAGGCUGACAGCAAUGAAAGCAGCUUUCCAGUCCCAGUACAAGAGUCACUUUGUUGCUGCAAGUUUAAAUAACCAAAAGACUGGGAGCUCUGCUGCUGGUGCCAGCGGCUGGACCAGCGCUGGGAGCCUGAACUCCGUCCCAACGAGUUCAGCGCAGCAAAACGCUGCCAACCCCGAGAGCCCCAUCGCGGCCAUGGUGGCAGCAAAGGGUGUCCCGGGCUUCACCAGCACCGGCAAUCUGAGCAGCGUUCCCACCUUCCCGAGUGUCGGAGCACAGGGCUUCAACAACACAAACACCAGCGCCAACAGUCGAGAAGGCGGCGGCGGCGUUGGUGGCGUUGUCAGAGAACGGUACAACGACAACCGGCCCAGUCGCCACGGCGAGGCCCCGCGGCGUGGGGAGGGCGGUGGCCGCGCAGAGGGUGGCGGCCGCUACAACGACGUCCAACGCCACGGUGAAGGUGGCGGCCGCCACAGUGACCCCUCCCGGCACGGUGACGGCCGCCACGGGGACGUCCAUCGCCACAGCGAGGGCCGGCACUUCACCGACUUCCCGGGCGGCGGGAACCGCAACAACGGCGACAGCAGGAACAGCACUGAAGGGAGGAACAGCGAGAGCAGGAAUGGAGAGAACAGGAAGGAUGCCAACAGCCGGGACAACAAGACAGAUGGUUUUGCUGUCCCAGAGCCCCCAAAACGGAAGAAGAGCCGGUGGGACAGUUAAAAGCUGGGGGUUCACAGCCUGGAAUCUCUGCAGGUAGUGUUGUCUUUUUCCAGAGGAUUUCUUGGGGUUUCUGGUAACUGGUUGUUGAGCAGCUGGGGCAGGAGAAGGAAACCAUGAGAACCCCCAUGCAAGUUCAUCUGCGGACAGAUUCACCUGAAUGAAAUGCACACAACACCUAGUGAAAGAAAUCAUUUUGAUAAAGUUCCCUGGGUUCUGGGUUUGAAAUAUUCAGUGCUCGAGUGACUCUGCUGGAUUUAAACAGAUCUUCUUGACAAAAAGAAGCUGUUCCACAUCCUUGGAACGUUAAGAAACUGUUGUCCAUAGAAGUAUAAAUUAGUCUUUUCUUAACCAGCGUUCACAUUUACAAACCAGUCCAGUCCACCUAGAGAUGCUCAGGACCUGCCUGUUAGACAUUAAUCUUGCAGCAGUUUGGUCAGUAUGGUGAGUUCUUCCCCCCUCUCCUUUUCACAUAUUCUCCCUAAAUAAUUUGGCCUCCACGUUGCCCGUACCUCUUUCCCCAUCACCUAAGAAUGCAUCAAUUAGCUUUGCUGAAGGUGGGGCAGAGCAAGUUGAUUUUUUUUUUUUUUUUUUUUUUUUUUUUUUUUUUUUUUUUUUUUUUUGUGGUGUGUGUGGAGCUGUUCAAGGGAUCCUUCUCCAGCUCAGCAAAUCACAAAUUCACUUGUAGUGUAGGUUGGACUCCCUGGCUUGUUUGUGGUCAGUACUUUAAUUCCAACCCCAUUGCCCAGAUAUUUCUUUUCUUUUGAAGAACCUCCUAUUUCCUAAUAUCCCUCAUUCUGGUGGAAGCCUGCAUAGCAAACCUGUCUCUCUGCUGUGCCUAUGCACCCUCUGUUCUGAGAGGGUUGAGUGCUUUCUUCAAAUUAAAAACAAAAAAGGGAAAACAAUCACCACAACAAUCAGAGGCUGGAGCCCCCAGCAAGUGUGGCUAAAGGAAGAGGCUUCACUCAGAAAUUCAGGGAUCUGUUACUCAGAAGCCUUUAGGGAGAGCCCAGAAAAAAUUAAUGAAAACCAGCUCCAAUCUGGCCCUGUAUUGGACACAUGUAAUAAAUCUAUAAAAUCUUGCUUGCCCAUUUUUAACUCGUCGUGUGUAUUACCCAUUUUUUAACUUUUUUUUUUUUUUGCCACAAGGUAGGGAAGAACUUUUCAGUUGGAACAUGUCAGCACCCACCGCUGGCUUGUUUCCACUGGAAGAAGUACCAGAAGCUGUCAGGGUUUUGUGACAUUGUGAUGUUUUCUUUAUCAGCUGUGCAUUUACUUUCUGCUUGCUCUAGUAAAUGUUUUAUUACUGGUACAAAUAUA